CAUUCAUUAAGGUUUUUAUUUAAACUUUCAAUUCCAUUUUCUUAUUUUGUUGAUUUUAAAUCUUUCAAUAACAACAUUCUAAAUGAAGAUUUAUACACCUCAAAUUUCUUGGCAUGAUCGUCAGCCAAUAUUGAGUGUUGACAUACAAAAUCGUCUUCAUUCUGAAAAGGAUUCUAUUAAAUUUUACCGUCUAGCUACAGGUGGUAAUGAUAAUCAUGUCAACAUUUGGAAAAUAUCAACCACACAUAAUUCUCAAAAACAAAAGCAAGAUCCCAAUAACAAACCUAUCGAUACGAUCGAAUGUCUUGCAGAAUUGACACAACAUCAACGAUCGGUUAAUGUGGUUCGUUUUUCACCAAAUCUUGAUGACAAUCUAUUGGCUUCGGGUGAUGAUGAUUCAUUGAUUUUUAUCUGGAAAUAUUGUGAUGAAGAAAAACCAUCAAAUGAAAGUCAAGAAAAAGGUCAAUCAAAUGUCGAUAAAAUGUUUGAAUCAGAAUCCAUAUCGAUUGAAGUUUGGAAAACCUAUAAAAUUCUUCGUGGACAUAAUCAAGAUGUUUCUGAUCUAUGUUGGAGUCGUGAUGGCCAACAUUUAGUAUCUGGUUCAGUUGAUAAUAAUGUUUUCGUUUGGGAUGUUCAUCGUGGUACGAAAAUGCAUAAGGUAGCUAAAGAACAUAAUAGCUAUGUUCAAGGUGUGACUUGGGAUCCUUUGAAUAAAUAUAUUGCGUCAUUAUCAUCGGAUCGCCAAAUGAUUAUUUUCAAUUCAAAAAAUGGAAAAACACUUAACAAAAUUUAUAAAAUUAAUUUCAACAAUGAAAAUAAUAAUUCGAUCGGCGAGAACAACAACGAUAAUAAUAAAUCAUCAUCGACUAGUAAAUUGUUUUAUGAUCAGACCCUGAUGUCAUUUUUCCGUCGAUUAACAUUCAGUCCUGGUGGUGAAUUAUUAUUCGCACCAUCCGGAAUCUUGGAAUUUGGCAACGAUCGUUUCGAAAAUGUCGUCCAUGUUUUCGAACGAAAAUCACUUAACAGGCCCAGUUUUUAUCUUUCAACCGCUAAAUUUAGUGUUGCUGUGAAAUGUUGUCCGGUCAUUUUCGAGCUUCGACAUGAUGAAAAAACAAACGUUUUCAAUAUUCCAUAUCGCAUUGUAUUUGCCGUAGCUACACAGGAUUCCGUUUUGUUCUAUGAUAGUCAACAAGCCAUACCAUUUGGUUAUGUAUCACAUCUUCAUUAUCUACGACUAACCGAUCUAUCAUGGUCACCGGAUGGUAGAAUUUUGAUUUUAACUUCGACAGAUGGAUUUUCAUCAUUCGUUGUGUUCGACGAACAAGAAUUAGGCAAACCAUAUCAAGGAAAACUUAUGGAUUUCGAAGAACUUGAUACACCGAUUCUUAGCACGAAAACUCCAAGCAAAAUCAGCCCUCUCAACAAUAAUAGUCCAAAUUCAUCACAUACAACAAAAUCUCCAAAUAAAACAAAAUGUUCAACGCCCAUAACAGAUUUUUUCCGAAAAUCAUCACCAUUCUCAAAAACUGGUGUCAACAAUCCAAAUAAAAAUAAUAAUAAUCGAUCACAAUCAUCUUGUGAAAAGAAACAACAAUCAACCAACAAGCCAGGAAGACGAAUUCAAUUGAUCACGCUACAAACACCACACAGUAAUCAAAAUAAAUCUAUAACCGAAAAUCCAUUGCCAUGUUCAACGCCAAACAUUGUUGAUGAUAAAGGAAAUGUUGACAAGUUAGAAUCAGAUCUUGAAAAAUCUAAUCAAUAUGUUUCCGGAAUCAAACGAAAACAAUCGGAAGAAUCAACAAAAAUCAAUGCCGAUAAUAAUAAUGAACAUUUAUGAGCGAAAGAAAAUACAAUUACUUUUAUUGAAUUGGAAAUCUUGGAUAGUUCUGUGGAUUGAUCGUGUACCGGAAACCGAAAAUAAAGAUGAAAAAAAAAUUGAAGCUCGUUCAUUUGGUUAUGGAUAAACAAUGGAAUUUUGUUUUGGUUUUUUUUUUGUCGCUGUCAUUAAAUGAUUUGUAAUUCAUUAGAUUAUUUUUUCUGUAAAUAAAUAAAUAAAAAUACAAUUUAAAUGAA